GGUUUAUUUUGAUGGUGGGGCUGGUGUGGGUCCAUGUGACCGACAGGCGGACGCUGUAAAUGUCUCCGUGCUGCAGAUCGCUCAGACUUAUUGAACAGAUCUGUCUGUCACAGCCAUGUCUGCUCUAAAUCGGCUGUUUGGUGUUUGUUGGAGGCGCCGCGCUGCUUUUCCACCCAGAGACACGCAGAGGUGUAAGAGUGCUGCAGCAGCUCUGGUCCAGCCUGAGUUCCUGAGAGGCUCUCCGCACAGGAAACACCCCGGAGUGACGACCCUCAAAACCCUCCGUCUGCCCGAGGGUCUCCAGAGAGGAGCUCUAACAGUCAUACACAAGUCAGAGGUGAAGGAUUUGGCUGAAAGAUCCCGCAGACUAAAGAACUACCUGUGGAGCCGCAAGCGAGCGGCAGAAGCCCCUCAGCUGAGAGAGAAGGCCAUCGAGCUGGAGGAGAAAUGGAUGGAGAAGGAGCGACAGAGCGAUGGAGAUGAUCAGAACUUUGAAGCUAAAAUCAAGAAGAAGGUUUUGUUUGAACUGAGGAAGACGACGUAUCACUGGACGCCUCUGAGGUACGAUGCGGAGCUCGGUGUGGUGUUUAUGGCUGCCAGGCUCGCAGGAGGCUACGCUGCAGUCAUGAGAGCCCUUAAUGAGAUAAAGAAGAGAGACCUGUCGUUUGCACCUCGCUCUCUGCUGGACUUUGGCUCAGGGCUCGGCACGGCUCUCUGGGCCUCACACACACACUGGGGCGACUCCCUAAAGGAGCACGUCUGUGUGGACGCCUCUGGAGCCAUGAACAGACUGGCCGAGCAGCUCCUCACAGGUGGCAGCGAAACUGAAGAUCCACUUAUUAAACACGUUUACUUCCGACAGUUCCUUCCAGUCUCCCCGAAGGUUCAGUCUGAUCUGGUGGUAGCAGCUUUCUCUUUGUCAGAGCUGGCCUCUCAGAAAGAACGAGAAGAUACGGUUCUCACACUCUGGAGGAAAACAAACGCCUACCUUGUGCUGGUGGAAAACGGAACAAAAGAAGGGCAUCAGGUUUUAAUGGAAGCCAGAGACGUGUUACUGAAGAAGGAAGAGAAGGUGAUUCAUGACUCCCGGAGGCCGGUGGUGUUCGCUCCUUGCACUCAUGAGCGGACUUGUCCCAAACUGCUGAACCAGCCGGUGGUGCCCUGCAACUUCCUCCAGCCCUACCACCCCCUGCCUUUACCUGGGAGCGCCGACAGGGAGGAGGAGAGGUUCAGCUACCUGAUCGUGAGCAGGGAGGAGAGAGAGGCGCCGGGAGAGAGAGAGGGUGUGGAGUGGGGAAGAUUAACCGCUCCGGUCCAUCGCAGAACCAGACACGUCCAGUGCCAGAUCUGCUGCUCCACCGGAGAACUCAAGCAGCUCGCUGUCACUGCGCGCCAACAUGGAAGGGACUCGUACCGCUGCGCCCGGAGCAGCAACUGGGGAGACCGGCUGCCAAUCAUCAACACAGAGGACGACACGCUUACAGAGCAGCCAUAAUCACCUUAAACGGUCGAUGUGCGCGUUGCUGAUGAAGGAAGGACGGCGCUGAGUCCCUGAAAGGACUAAAGGGAAUAGUGCAGCUGGAGGGAACCUGUGAUGGACGUCAAAGCCACUGCAGAAACCCGAGCAUGUGAAUGAAUGAACAGCACACUGUCUGCACCAAUGACUGUACUGGGUCAGAAAACAGGAACAGGCUGACUGCUUCUGGGGACAAACAAGAGGGUCCACAAUUUUGCUCUAUUCUAGCUCCCAUCACACCCGAACCAGGUGUUCUGUGUUCAGGUUCCACAGUGGUCUGAAGGCUUGUUGGUCCAGUGAGUGCUCUGCUGGUUUCUAAUCCGGAUCUUGGGGACACCCAGGAAGUCUCUAGCUGUCUUUCAUCCAUAUCUAGAACCGAAUACCUGGCACAGGUGUACUGGGAGGUGGGAUACAGCAAAAAAGUGGACCGUGUGGAGGUCCCCAAGGACUGGAUUUGGAAACACUCUUGAACCGUGGACCCACAGAAGUAUUUACAACUGUGUACUUAAAGCCUUUAAAAUAAACUGAUUAGAAUAAUAAAGUGAUUGCUCUUUUGA